UUCUUCUGCUUUGGCGGUGUUUAACGUGGUUCUACUUCUCCAAGAUGACAGGAUUGUCAGCCGUAUACCAGAGUCAGCUGCUUAAAGCCAGUCAUAAAUUUUUCAUUGAAGACGAAGCGAGUUCCCACCAUUUCUGACCAGAAAAAGCGUCAAAUUAAAUCAAGAACGUGUAUCGCCAGGCACUGGGGUGGUCAUGUUACAACAAGAGUGAAGCUCGACCAGUUUCUGGAGUUAGACAUUAUCUGCAAGUUGCCAGCCAGCUUCCCUGGGUACCGCUGAUGAUGCAAGUUUGUUUUGCCUGAAGAUGGAAACACUUGUAUCUGAAUUAACCUGCCCAAUUUGUCUGGAGCUAUUUGACGAUCCUCUGCUGUUACCGUGUGCCCACAGCUUGUGUUUUAACUGCGCUCACCGGAUCCUCGUUUCUCACUGCACCUCCAACGAGACAAUCCAAUCGAUUGCUGCCUUCCAGUGUCCGACCUGUCGGUAUGUUAUAUCUUUGAACCACCGCGGCUUGGAGGGUUUGAAGCGGAAUGUAACUUUGCAGAACAUCAUUGAUCGCUUUCAGAAAGCCUCGCUGAGUGGACCCAACUCCCCCAGUGAAUGUCGCCGUGACCGGCCAUACAAGGAUCCUGUCACCAUGUCCUCCGAGAGGGUUCAGUGCCAGUUCUGUGAGCAAGAGCCACCGCGAGAUGCCGUUAAGACCUGUGUGACCUGUGAGGUCUCCUACUGUGAUCGGUGCCUCCGGGCCACUCACCCCAACAAGAAGCCGUUCACUGGCCACCGGCUGAUUGAGCCUAUUCCAGACUCUCAUCUCCACGGCCUGAUGUGUCUGGAACAUGAAGAUGAAAAGGUGAAUAUGUACUGUGUCACGGACGAUCAGCUGAUCUGUGCCUUAUGCAAACUUGUAGGACGUCACCGGGAGCACCAGGUUUCCUCACUGAGUGAUAGAUAUGACAAACUUAAGCAAGCAUUGGAAGCCAACCUUGCGAAUUUGGUGAAGAGGAACACUGAGUUGGAGUCACAGAUGGGGAGGCUCAUUCAAAUCUGCCAACAGGUGGAGGUAAACACUGCAAUACAAGAGAACAAACUAAAAGAGGAAUGUGAUGAGCUGAUGGACAUUAUUAGGCAAAGGAAGCAGAUCAUUGCUGUGAAAAUCAAAGAGGGAAAGGUUAUGAAGUUGAGAAAACUAGCACAGCAGAUAGCAAAUUGCCGGCAAUGCUUGGAGCGGUCAGGGUCUCUCAUCAGUCAAGCAGAACACAGCCUGAAGGAGAAUGAUCAUGCACGUUUUUUACAAACAGCCAAAAAUGUAACAGAAAGGGUUGCUAUGGCAACAGCAUCUUCUCAAGUUCUGAUUCCAGACAUUAACUUGAAUGAGGCUUUUGAGAAUUUUACCUUAGAUUUUUCAAGGGAGAAGAAACUACUUGAAAGCUUGGACUAUCUUACUGCCCCAAAUCCUCCAAGCAUUCGAGAAGAACUCUGCACAGCAUCUCAUGACACAAUUACUGUUCAUUGGACCUCAGAAGAUGAAUUCAGCAUCGUUUCCUAUGAGUUGCAGUACACUAUCUUCACAGGACAAGCAAAUUUUAUCAGUUUGUACAAUUCCAUUGACAGUUGGAUGAUUGUCCCCAACAUUAAGCAAAACCAUUACACUGUGCAUGGACUUCAGGCUGGGACCAGAUAUAUCUUUAUUGUGAAGGCAAUUAACCAGGCUGGCAGUCGCAUCAGUGAACCAACCAGAUUGAAAACUAACAGCCAGCCAUUCAAACUAGAUCCCAAAACAGCUCACAAGAAGUUAAAGCUUUCCAAUGAUGGCCUGGCUAUGGAACGGGAUGAGAAUUCUACGAAGAAGAGCCAUACACCUGAGCGGUUUAGCAGCCAAGGGAGCUAUGGAGCACUGGGGAAUGUAUACAUCGACAGUGGCUGCCAUUACUGGGAGGUUCUACUUGGUGGAUGCACAUGGUAUUCCAUUGGCAUUUCAUAUAAAUCAGCCCCAAAGAAUGAGUGGAAUGGAAAGAAUUCAUCAUCCUGGGUAUUCUCUCGCUGCAAUAACACAUUUGCUGUCAGACACAGUGGCAAAGAGAUGUCAGUGGAUGCUAGCCAUCAGCUGCGAAGACUUGGUGUCCUUCUCGACUACGAUGGUAACACGCUGUCAUUCUACGAUGCCAUGAACGUGCAUCAUCUGCACACAUUUGACAUUUCUUUUGCUCUACCUGUGUGCCCCACAUUCACAAUCUGGAACAAAUCAUUAAUGAUUCUGUCAGGCCUCCCUGUCCCGGACCCAUUAGAUUGUUUGGAGCAGCAGCAAGAAUGCAUUUGUAGACCCCAGGAAUCUCCUUACACAUCAGGGAUAAAAGUCAAAGGCCAGGCUGAAAUGUAACACUGACCCAUCCACUAUUCCCCUACACCCAAAAAAAAAUGCAUUAUUCCAGGUAGGGCUAGACUAUGCAUUGUGCCCUCUCAAGGUAGCACAAGAGCUGCCUUAGACAGAUUGACUGCUAUUAUAUUGAAUUUAUAAAUUAUUUAUGAUAAUUAUGUUCACAAUUUAUCAUUGGAGAGAGAUUGUAUUCCAGAAAAUGCACUUUCAAGACAUGCUUUUAGAUUAUGGAAAGUUGUUUUUAAUAUGUCAAAACUGGAAGAAGAUAAUUUUAUUAGAUCUGAAGAUUUGGCUUCAGUUUCUAGACGCUCGUGUAUUGUACACUAGACACACCUAAAUACUAGAAUCUGAAGAAAGUUGUUAUUCUUGUUUGCUGAGAGAAUUAUCUGCACCAUGGAGGGAGAGCUUCUGACAAUGAAAGGAGAAUAACAGCACACUGCAUGCAGCAGUAGAACAGUCACCAUAAAGAGAUAAUCCCCUGUUGCUGUUAAAUGACUAAAAAGGUGUGCAGAGAACAGAAACAGCGAGCAUGUUUAGACAGUGCCUCGAAGAAGAACCUAAUUCUAUCAAGAAAUUUGUCCUGAUGUAUUUCAUGGAUUAAUUAUAUUGUCAUCUUUGUUGUUAUUGUUUGUGAAUGAAAAGAAUUCCAUUCAAAGCUCUGUAUAAAAACAGUUCUGUUGAUAUAUAGAACUUUAACUGGUGUGUGUAAUGUAAAAAUGUUAAAAAUAGUAUAAAUAUUUAAUGACAAACUGGUUGGUUCUUCUUCACCCAUUUGAAAAGAUGAAUUAUUUUCUUAGCUGCUGUUAUUUUCGAAAAUGGAAGAAAUUUCACUGCAAUGUAGAAAUGAUACCAGUUCCAAAUGGAAUGGAAUAUAUUAAAGGGUGGAGUCUGUAAAAUUUAGAUAGUUGUGAGAUUAAAAUCAACCAAUCAAAAUCUGUCAUCCAGUUCUUCAGGCAACACAGGCAGGUUUCCUACUUUACCGCUUGGUAAAUUUGCUCCUUCCUCCUUCAUCUACAUUCACAUCACAAGGAAAUACGCAUUUGCAUCAGGGAUCCAGGAACCCAUGUCCUUUAGAUUCAGAAUUAACUGGGGAAAACAAGACAUAACCUCCAAAUUGAAUUGUUGGGGAAACUAAGCACAUACAACACUACUAAACCCGCAGGCAUUUCAAUGUAAAUACAUAAACAUUCCAGAAUCAAUCAGGGAUCAGGUCUCCUUAGCCAAAAAUACAGGAAAUGAAACCAUAUUAACAGGGGCAGCAAUUAGUGGCUCUGCAAUUAGCACUGCUGCCUUACAGCAUCAGGGAGCCAGGUUAGACUCCAGUCUUAGGCAAACAUCUAUUUGGACUUUGCACAUUCUCCCCAUAUUUGCGUGGAUUUCGGCCAUGUGCUCCGGUUUCCUCCCACAGAUGUGCAGAUUAGGUGGAUUGGCUCUGCUAACAUUAUCCAUAGUUCCCGAGGAUGUGCUGACUAGGUAGAUUAGCCAUGGUAAAUGUUGGGGUUAUGGGGAAAGAAGAGGAGGCUGGUCUGGAUGGGAUGUUCUUUUGGAGGGUUGGUGCAGAUAGACUAAAUAGGCUCUUUCCACACUAUGGUGAUGCUAUGAUUAACAUAAAAUUUAUUUUAAAAAAUGUGACUUCAGCUCUGGACUUGACAUUAUAUUCUUAAAGCAGGUACACAAAUGGAGAGACACAGAUGCUCCUAUAAAUGUAAAAUGCUGGAGAAAUAAAAGUAGUAAGUGGCAGUUUAACACAUGGAAAUGAUGUGUUGUUCAGGUUUUUAUAUUUUGAAUCUAAAAAGGUCCAAUUGCAAAGUAGGGUGCAAAAUCAUGGCUUGCUGACAGAACUGCUGUCAUUAUACUGAAGGUACAAUCUGACUAUUAAAAAAAAAUUCUUAUAAGAAUUUGUAAAACAAAGAUUGACUCUCAUUUCUUAAGUUAAAAGGCUGAAAACAUCAGGAAUUUCUAUUUAAAUUCACCCCACAUUGAUAGGAUGGAAAGUUGGUGAACAUGGCCUGGAUUUUCGGGGAUUUGGGAUGACAUGGUGAGCACUUUAAUAACACGGGUGAGCCCUGAUUCGGAAAUUUCCAGCCCUAUUCCCAGAGUUUCAGAUUUUUGAGAGUGCCUUUUAAGGGUGUCACCUAGUUCAGGUCACAAGGCUACACCCUACAUUCCUGACUUAGCUGGCUCCUCUUUACAAAUCAGCAUGGCCUAAACGUCUGCAAUUUUCAGAGUUGCACCAGACUUUUAAAGGGUCUUGCCCACAUUAAGCCCCUUCUCUUAUCAGAGCCCUGGCAAUGGGGAUGUAAAGGUACUAAUUACUAGGUCCUUUCGGGGCCUGGGCAUAGGCAGUCCUGCCCCCUCUUCCAAGUGGUGACUUGGAAAUCAGAACAAGGCCACAGAUAUUUGAGAAAGGAACAGAAUCUGAGAGGAGCAACAGGCCAGUGGUACCCAAAUGCUGCUAUGGGAUUUUGGGUGGGGAAAAAGAGAAGGAUUCUGCCAGGAGUGCAGGGUGAAUUAAAGGACGAAGGAAAAUGGGGUCAAGGAAAUUAGGCUGUGAGUGCUGGGGGCUGUGGAGGUUACAAAAGAAAAUGAGAAAGGGGCAGCUGCAAAUGUCCUGUGUUAAGAGGAUGUGAGAUGGAGAAAGAAAUAAGGAGGCAGUAAGGUGUUUGGGGUUGGAAAGGGGGAGGCUGCAAAGGAGAGGGAACAAUUUAACCUGUAAGCCUGUCAACUGACUGGGCACCAGAAAAAUUCGAAAUCACUAAGAUAAUGAAUGUCUUGCAAAGAAAGUUGGAUCUCUAGCUUAAGGUUGCACGAGUUCAGGAGCUAAUUUAUGGAGUAAACGGAAUGGAUGCUAUUUUUUAAGUUUAAAUCUGGGAUCGAGAUCUGAGAUGCAGUGAGUAAACUAAUAAUUGCCUCAGUAGAACUAUUGGUUUCUUUUUUAAAGAAAACUUGUAACUUGUGCCUGUUGUCUUUUUCAUUUUUUAUCGUAUGUGUCUAAUGUUUAAUGUUUUCCUUCUAUGUUGUGGCUUUUAAGUUUAAUGUUUUUUUUAAAUUGAGGAUGUUGAUGAAUUCUUCAAAUCAUACACAAGCAGAAUUAGAAACACCAUUGGUCAACAAGAAGGCAUUGUUACUACGUGAUGAUAACACAUAAUAAAUGAGUUCUGCAUAAUUCUACUUUAUAGAACCCAAAAUGUAUUGAGAAAAGUGCUGAAUAGAAACUAUUGUUUAGUUUAGGGACAGGGGUGCAUAUAAGGUGCUUGAAAGCAGGAGAAGCACUAAUGCUUAAUCUUCUCUGUCCCUCCCACUAUGUCAGGUGCUGCUCCCUCCCCACCCUCAUUCCAAUCCCCCUCCCACUCUGUUUAGCCAUGUCCCUCUGCUCACCCUCCUGGCUCCUCAUACCUGACUAAGACUCUCAAAACAUCACCUAAUCAUAUCUUAUUCUCCCCAUGCCAGGUUAUGUUCCUCCAUCCACUAUAAAUGGCCCUACAUACCUGCCUACACCAAGAAAAACACAUCACCGAGCACAGCACCCAUCUCCCUGUGGCCUUUCAUGACCCCAUGCCUAUUGACCCACUAUACACUGCAUAGAAUCAAUGAACUCCAUAAUGCCAAUAGUGUAUUUGAGAAAAAAACUUUAAGAAAGUCAUUCAUGAAUAAUUUACUGCUAUGUUCAAAAUUGCCAUUUUACUACAGGCCAAUAAAAGUAUCAUUCAUCUAUUUAGCUUUAAAGUAUCAAUAACAGAAACUGUAAGCAAUUGAAACCUCUUAAUCUUGUGGAAAUAAGCAUUGUGCAAUUGAAAGCAGAAAUCAGACAGCCAGAGCUGUCAAGCAAUGUUUUCCCUGGCCCAGGUUUUUCAACAAACUUGUGGAUAUCCAGGCUUUUGGAUGGUUUGUUAAACUCCACCCCAUCCCAUAUCAGCCGUCAAAAAAAGCAAGGGAAUCCAUUUUUGCUCACAUUAAAGAGUGAACAAUGUACAGGGGAAGUUGAGGGGUGGUCAAAUUAACAUUUAGCAAUAAAAUAACAGAUUGCAGUCUUCAUUGAGGCUGUUAGAAGGUGACAUUUACCAAACUGCAGAAAAUCUAAUCUGUUCAUGUGAAUAACAUUUUCAUGUAUCUUAAUUGAUUUUAAAAUUUAGUAUUAAAAAAGUCAGCAUCAAAAUGGCAAAACUACAAGUUAAUUUAAUGCAUUGGCAAAGAUCUGUAGCUCAGGUUGUGGAUAAGGUUGUUGACUUGCUUGCCAAGCUGGCUUGUUUUCGUUCAGACGUUUCGUCACCAUGCUAGG